UAUAUCUUUCAUUAUUAACCUCAUACCAAUCCAACUACCAUAUUUAGAGAGAGCUGGGAUGGAUUAUUGAUUUGUUAUAAUAAUUUGGAAAAAAGGAAAAGUAAAGGGGAUCUACUGGAGUACUAUUUUCACCAACUCUCCCAAUGGAAUUAGGAAUGAGAAUCUGCUGAAAAUGUUGAAAGGGCUUGUUUGAUAGAGCUCCACCUACUCCUAAUUUUUAGUGGGAGCUGAUUUUUGGACUAAUAAACUUUCCAAAGCCAGCCUGUGCUCCAAUACGGACUAAUAACUUUGAGAGGCGUAAGUAUCAAAAAAUCAUUAAAAAAUUAGGACCCACGUGCCACAGCUAAUAUCAAAACUAUUUACCUUGCCUGCCUAUUUUGUUUAAUAUUCUAUCACAAUAUUCACAAAAGAUACCCGUAGUUUCCGGCUGUGAUAGAACUUUAGUUAAUAAUAAUUAGCACCUUUUCCAUUCAUAUUCAUAAUUUUAUUUUCACUUUUUAUUGCACCAUCUUAUGUGUUUGAAUCUCGAAACAUGAUUUUCGGACGAAUCUCUAUUACUGGUCAUACAUCUUAACUAAAUAUGUAGGCGCGCGUUAGGGUUUAAUGGACUAGUCGUACUAAGGAACAGCUCAUGCCGCAUUCUUUUCACGUGAAGAGACGCACACAAAAACUCCGUUCAUUUUCAUGCCUAGCAUGCAUCUCCUUAAGAGCAGCGCUCCAUUCAUAUUGUUAACAGUGUACGUACGAUACCGGUUAAUAGUUAGCAAUUUGCCACCUAAACAAGCUUAGACGAAACCACGUCACGCACUACUAUAUAUCCAAGAGCUUCGAUAGCUUGCUCUGUCCCGUCUUCAUACGACGACCGGCCUAGUACUUCUUCCACUGCUCUUUCCGCCGGCCGGCCGGAGCGAGAUCAACCAUGGCAGCAACAGGCAGUCCGGCCACGGUCAUUCAGGAUGCCCGGAGGCCGCGCAGCGCUGACGGGCACGCGGCCGUGCUCGCUAUCGGCACGGCGAACCCAUCGCACUGCCUGCUCCAGGAUGAGUUUGCCGACUGGUACUUCCGGGUCAGCAACAGCGACCACCUCGCCAUGCUCAAGGCAAAGAUGAAGAGAAUAUGCGAGAAAUCCGGCAUCAAGAAGCGCCAUGGGCACCUCACCGAGGAGAUGCUCGCCGCGCACCCGGAGAUCCUGGACCGCGCGCUGCCUUCGCUCGACACGAGGAUGCGCAUCGCCGCGGGCUCCCUGCCCGACGUCGCCGCCGCGGCGGCGGCCAGGGCGAUCGCCGAGUGGGGCCGGCCGGCCGCUGACAUCACGCACCUCGUCGUCAGCACCACCACCGGCGGCGCCGCCGCUCCGGGCUUGGACCUCCACCUGGCGGUGCUCCUCGGCCUUCGCCAGGACGUGCAGCGCACGCUGCUCUACCUCUACGGCUGCACCGCCGGCACGAGCGCGCUCCGCGUCGCCAAGGACCUCGCCGAGAACACCCGCGGCGCGCGCGUCCUCGUGGUCAGCGCCGAGACCGGCCUCACCUUCUUGCGCUCGCCCGACGAGGCCCAGUUCGAGGAGCUCGUCGCCGCGGCACUGUUCGCCGACGGCGCCGGCAGCGCCGUCGUCGGCGCUGGCCCGGUGAGCCCGGCCGAGCGCCCCAUCUUCCACAUGGUGUCCGCAACGCAGACCACCCUGGCUGCGACCGCCCGCGUCGUGGAGCUGAAGCUCGGCGAGCUUGGCAUCGAGUACCGCCUGUCCGCAGCCCUGCCGGCGAUGGUCUGCGGCGGCAUCGAGCGGUGCCUGUCGGAGGCGCUGGCGCCGCAUCUGCAUGGCCUCGCCGGCGCCUGGAACGACCUCUUCUGGGCGGCGCACCCUGGCAGCCGCGCGAUCUUGGACAGCUAUGAGGCCGCUCUCGGGCUGCAGCCGGAGAAGCUGGCGGCCAGCCGCCGUGUGCUGAGUGAGUACGGCAACAUGCUUGGCGCGACCGUCUUCUUCGUCCUCGAGGAGAUGUGGAGACGCCGGGGAGCUAACGAGGAGGAACGGGAGAAAUGCGCGUGGGGGGUCAUGUUGGGUCUCGGCCCGGGGAUCACGGUGGAGACGAUGCUGCUGCAUGCUGCCGGUAGCCAGGACGAAGACUAGAAUAUCACCGUCGUCACACCUUCCUAAAUAUACGUACGACAGUACGAGAGAGUUGACAUGCGCUUGGUCUAUUUGUAAUGAGUGAUUGAUUGGAUGAUUUGAAACGUUUCCAGUUGAGUCUGGAUGAUUUGAAACUUUUCCGGUUAAGUUAAUA